AGUGUGUUUUGUCAUCCAAAUCACAAUAAGCUCUGUCGCUGUGUAAAAGAAAAUAGCAAAAACUUAAUAUCAGCAAGAAAUUGUUAAGCAGCUAGCAAUUGGAGUUGGAAUGAAGCUAUGGCUCUGCCGGAAAGCAUCCAACAACCGUGUCGUGUCUGUUUCGAUACAUCGGAAAACACGGUUCCGUUAAGUAGGACCGAACACGGGUUAACGCUGGCGGAAAUGUUGAGCAAGUGUGUCGUAUUGGAAUUUCACGAAAACGACGGACUUCCGUUUCAAUGCUGUGUAAGGUGCAAAGAUGACUUGAUAGUGGCCUAUCGAUUGCUGGAGCGAUGCUGGCAAUCCGAUGCAAAAUUCCGAUUCCAGCUUGGGGACAACAAAUCGGCAGUGAGGAAAACUUUUCCUGUAAGUGAAGAAUUUGUCAGUGUAAAGAUUGAAACAGGGGUCGAUUUCGAUUAUACUGAUCAGUUCAAACAGGAAGGAGAUGAGAGUGAUGAUGAUGACAAAGAAGAUGUUAAUUUUAUGCCAGAUGUUGAAGAUGAUGACGAAGAUGACGCUGAUGAUCAGGACAUGCGAGAUGAUUGCAAAGACUAUGCGAAGCCUAAAUUGCAAAUCGUUACCCAGAGUAAUGAUAAAUCGGAACGCAAACGCAAAAAGUAUGUUAGACGAAAACUAACAUCAAUCCCUAAACGGUGCUGCAGAUGUAAGAUUCGUUUUGAAAAUUUAGAAGAAGCAGAGCAACAUUCGACAAUGCAUUUAGAUUCCCGGCAAACUGAUCCACAGAAAAUCGCUGCUCGUCCAUAUGAAUGUAACACUUGCUACAAGCGAUACUCCACAAAGCGAGCACUGCUAUUUCACCAGCGAGAAAUGUAUGCAGAUAAACCCUUCGAAUGCGAUGAAUGUGAACAGGACUUUCUCUUAGAGGAUCAAUAUAUCUGUCACAAGGAAUCACAUGCCAAUGAGCGUAAGAAACAAUUACCGAAAUGCUGCGCUUGCUACCAGCAAUUUGAUUCGGAAGAGAGUCUCAAAUCUCACUGCAAGGAAGUCCAUCUGCCUGAAAGUCAAUCCACCGAGGAUUCCAACGCAAACGAUUAUCCUUGUCCCAUUUGUUACAAUCGUUUCAAAACACGGCGCUUGCUGUUGAACCAUAAAUUGGCUGUAAAUAUUUCUACCAAAGCGAAACGUCACCGUACCAAACCAUACCAGUGCUCCCAGUGCGGAAGAGUUUUCAGGGAUAUUCGCACACUCUCGGAUCACGAACGCUUCCAUCAGGGAGAACGUCCCUUUGUGUGCCCCGUAUGCUCGAAACCGUUUGCAAUCCAAGAUUCCUUCCGAAAGCACGUCAAAUCGCACGCCAUCGAAGACGAUCACUUCAAGUGUGAAACCUGUGGCAAGGGUUUCAAAACGAAAAGUAAUCUAAAGGAUCACUACGUUACGCACGUGUCGUCGGAUUACCGUCCGCUGGGAUGCACUCUGUGUUCGGCCACUUUUGCGCGGAAAUCAUGUCUCAAGUCCCACAUGCGGAUGCACACCGGAGAAAAACCCUUCAAAUGCCAUUUGUGCGAUGCGGCUUAUGCAUUUUCGAGCGAUUUGAAGCGGCACAUAAUGGCACACACCGGAAUCAAACCGUACGUUUGCAAUGUGUGCGGGAAAAGCUAUCCGCGGCAGGCCUACCUACGGAAGCAUUUGGCGACACAUAACUUGGAUAAUAGUGCGUGUAAUAGCUAGUUCUGAUUUAUUAUAUGAUUUACUGUGCAAAGUUCAUGUACGGAA